GGUGGGUGUGUGUCGGGGUGGGGGGAGUGUCAGUACUGAAUGAAGGGAUAAACGCAGUUUGUUUUGGAUGGGGGACAGCCAGGGGAAGAGCAGCAGAGGAAGCAGGGACCGUGAGAGUCAGCAGCCAGUCGACGACCAGCACCUGGACGGAACCACGACGACGCCACGGUGAGUCUAUGUACUCGCAGCUCUGUCCCGACACCCUCUGGGUCCUGCGGCUCAGCCUGCUGCUCCUCUGCAUCCCUGCUGCACACACAGCAAAAUGUCCACAGCAGUGCGUCUGCGACCAGAUCCAGCUCACUGUGACUUGCGUCAACAAGAACCUGACCCAAGUUCCUCCCACUGUAGACGAGAUCACAGUGAAAUUAGAUCUUCGAGGCAACGACAUCCAGGAACUCCCCACUGGGGCUUUCAAACACACUCCCUACCUGACUCACCUGUCGCUGCAGCGCUGCAACAUCCGCAGGGUGAAGGAAGGGGCUUUCCGGGGCCUGGGACGCCUGGUCUUCCUCAACUUGGCCAGCAACAACAUUGAGAUCCUCUAUCAGGAAUCAUUCGACGGUUUGUCCUCGCUGAAGCAGCUCAUGAUCGACCGUAACCGUGUGGAGGAGAUCCAGCCUGGAGCUUUCUCUCAGCUCGGCUUCCUCAACCUGCUCUCCCUUACACACAACCAGCUGGUCUACAUCCCCAACAUGGCCUUCCAGGGCCUGCAGAACAUCAAAUGGCUUCGUUUGAGUCACAACUCUCUGAACUACCUGGACAUUGAGGCCUUCGCUGGUCUGUUCACGCUCACCCGUCUCAGUCUGGACCACAACGAGCUGCAGUUCUUCCCCACUGAGACCAUGACCAGACUGCCAGAGGUGACCCGUCUUGAUCUGAGCUACAACCCAAUGACUUACCUCGGGGAGGAUAUGGUGUCCAUGGCCAAACUGACACAUCUCUUCCUGGACCACAUGUCCCUGCAGGACAUAGCCAACACAGCUGUAUCCAAAUCACCCAGCCUCAUCCACCUGGACAUCAGUUACAACCAGCUACGUGUCAUGCAGCCCUUCUCUGAAGGUUCACCCAAGCUGGCACGUCUCAACCUGGCAGGGAACCCCAUCUACUGUAACUGCUACCUGCGUCCACUCAGGCAGUGGGCGAUUCAAAACAAGGUGAAGCUGAUGGGAACAUGUGGAGGACCGGCCCAUAUGGUAGGAGAGAACCUGGAGGCCAUUUACCCUUCUGAGCUGCGCUGUCAGAGCCAAGAGGCCAUGUUGAAGGCAGAGUUUGAGGAGGCAACCAGGAUCACUCCACCACCAACUGAAGAGCCUGAGAACAAGAUUAAGUGUCCUGCCAACUGUGUUUGCGAGUCUGAGACACAUCACUCCUCUUGUGAGAACCGCGGCCACACCAAAGUUCCUCGUGGCUUUUCUCCCAGCACCCGUCUCCUUGACCUGCGUGGCAACCACUUCCACUACAUCCCUCGCAACAGCUUCCCUGGUGUUGCCCAGGUGGUGUCCCUACAUCUGCAGCGCUGCAAGAUCGUGGAGGUGGAGGGAGGGGCUUUCAGUGGAAUGAAGGGACUGAUCUACCUGUACCUGUCGGAGAAUGACCUCACUUCCCUCAGCCCUGAUGCAUUUAAAGGUCUCCCUCAGCUGACUUACCUCCACCUGGAGAAGAACCGCUUCACCAGUUUCCCCAAAGAAGCCUUCAAAUUGGUGCCCAGCCUGCUGGCACUUCACUUGGAGGACAACGCCAUCACCAAGUUGGAGCUGGACACCUUAACUGGAGCUGAGGGCCUCAGAGCCCUCUACCUCACUGGGAACUCCAUCUCUCAUGUGUCACCCAGGGCUCUGGACCAAGCCAGAGACCUUGACACACUCCACCUGGGAGGAAACAAGCUGAAUGAGGUGCCUACUGAGGCCCUGAGCAAGGCGGGAAACCUCAGAGACCUGAGGCUGUCAGGGAAUUCAAUUCGCUGGGUGGGGCCAAAUGCUUUUCGACCCCUGGAGAGGUCACUGAAGGAGCUGUAUCUGGAUAACAUGGGACUGGAGAAGAUGUCACAAAACUCCCUGGCAGGUCUGGGUCCAGGGUUGAGGAGUCUCUUCCUGGAGGGCAACCAGCUAGAGGAGCUGCCUGACCUCCACCUUCUCACUUCACUGGAGGUCAUCAACCUGGCUGACAACCCUCUGAUGUGUGACUGCCCUCUGCUGCCACUACGCUUAUGGAUUGAGAAAGUCAACUUGAAGGUACGAGCCACCUGUGGCAAUCCCCCUGAGCUGAAGGGCCGCAAAGUCAAGGACGUCCAUGUCUUCAGGGUCUGUCCUGGGGGUGAGAACCUCCCCCCUGCCCCUGCCACUACUCCAAAGCCUGCCAAGGCACCCAAGGCAACCAAACCCAAACCAAUGCACAUCAACAGCCUUCGGCAAGUCAAAAUGCCCAGAGCUAAAUCCAAAAUUCGCAAAAGCCCCAACACAAAAGCAGCAGCAGCAAAGAAAACCACCAAGAGACGCAGCAUGGCCUGAAUCCUGUCUUUUGUGCUGCUUUGAGACCACAGCUUCCAGAAAACUGACGCUGUUGAGGAUGUUGAGGUUAAACCCAAGAUUCAGCUCUCAAAAACCAUAACCUUUGCUGACUUUGAAAGCUGUAACAGCUGAGGAUGUUUCACAUCUCUUACCAGUUUUCCUCAGCCAGUUUUUCUGGUAUUUCCUUUCUGCUGUCUAAUCAAUACUGUUGAAAAAAGUCUGAAGAUUUUUCUUUCACUAUCCAGGGAAUCUUCAGAGUACAAAUACACUUUGUCAGCACUGCCCUGCUUCACAUUCACAGCAUUAGACACACAUUCCCUGCUCGUCAAACUCCUGAGCAGCUCUGCUGAACCUUUCCGUAUCUUAAAGGCAAUGAAUGAAGUGAAUGUCAUUAGUUUUAGAUAUUUGCCAAAAAACAUUACCAUCUUUGGCUUUAUGCUAGUUGUCCUUAACCACUACACAACUGCAGAAUGUACUGAACUCUUAAUUUCAAAUCCAAUUUGUAAAGAUACUCUGUUGUGUUUUUUUUAAUCAAUGACUUCAUAUUUACAAAAAGAAAACAUCUGGUUAUAAAACAUGAAAAAAUAAAACAAGAACAAAUAGAACAAAUACUUGUCUGCAAUGUCAAUCCAGAAUAAUCAAACACUCCAGGGUCAUACUUUUAUUUCUGAGACUCUUGACUCAAUGAUACAUCCAAAAAAAAAUGUUGUGUUGUUGUUGAUUUUACCAACAUGGACAAGAUGAGGUAGUUUUGAAAUUGGUUAAGUUAGUCCUUGUGAACCAUAUGUAGUCGGUCAUUACUUCUCUAUAUAGCAGGGUCUAUUGGUAAUGAUAGGGUCUGCCAUUCCUGCUCUGGAUUCCAUUUGCCAACCUAAAACCAAGAGAUUAACAGGAAACGUGUCUGCAAUCCAGCAUUACUGUUAUUACUUUUAAUGUAAUUUUAUCUCAUUGAUAUCACCCCCACUGUUUACUGUCUCCCCACAAAAAUCUGAGACCAGCACACUUACUGUAUGACACAUGUUGCCAAACUGAAACCUGGUGGAUCAUAACUUUAAACCAGCAGAAAUUAAAAGAUCUCUGGCUCUCCUUA